GUAGUUGAGGUUACAGAAAUGACUAGUUUUUCUUUUAAGUGCUAAGGAUGUGUUUGGUACACAAGAUUAUGAUGGGAUGGGAUAAGAUGAUAUUAUGAAUAGAAUUAGAUUAAAUAAUGUCAUCCUUAUCUUGUGCUUGAUGUGUGCAAGGAUUAAGAUAGGAUAAUUUAUUUAUUGGUCUAAAUUAUCCUUUCUCAAAGUUUAUACAAUUUAAAUUAUUGAUGUAAUUUUUAAGGGUAUAUUAGGACAUAUAAGUUCUACCCCAUCCAUUAAAAAUAUUCCUCUCCACUUUGGGAGGAUUAAAUCAUCCUAUACUAAGAGGAUGAUUAAUACUCCUUGUAAUCCUAUCUCUUUCUUUGGAUAGACACCAAACAUAAUAUAGGAUGGUUAUCAUUCUCUCCUAUCAAUCAUCCUAUGCGCUAAACAUGACCUAAAAGACUUGAUUGGAAUUAUUUUCUAUAGAAAUUUAGUUGUGUAUAUUGAAGCUGGUAUAGCUAUAGUAGUUGUAAUAAUUUUUUUAGAUGUAACAUUCCAAAUAUUAUCUUUGGUUCAACUUGCUGUCAUACAUGCAUGCAUUUUAGGAAGAUAUAUUUCUAGUAUAUUUGCUAAUGGCAAUGCAAUCUGUUAACUUCUAACUAAAGAGUGGCAACUAGUUUCUACAUUUAGGGUGCCUGAUCCCUAGUUUUGCUAUCUUAACGAUCAGCUGCUUAGGGAAAAUGCAUCUUCUGCCAGACCAAAGAUUUUUUUAAAUUUUGAACUACAAUAAUUUUGGGCACUUUUGCAAUCAUUUCAAACAUUAGUCCAACUAUUGUUAAGAAGUAUGGUCUGAUAUCAUGCACAAGUUGAUUAGGCCCUGCUGUUUUUGUGAAAUUUUGCUGGUAUCAUUUGUGCUAUAUUCGCAGCCAAUAUAUUUUUAUUCUUCUACCAUCUCUUGCUCAAUGCAGUUUGCUUUACUUUAUACCAACCUUGAUUUCUCUCGAUUGCUGUUGUCAUUGCCAUAUGAAUAUCCUUCUAGCAAUGUAAAUCCCUUUUUAGGUUAGAAAAUAAGGAAUUUCUUCUUUUCCAACUGUUUUCAUUCUUGAUAUGGGAGCUUUGGUGUCUCCAACUAUUGGGGCUAACUUGUAGGGUGAGAUCUGUAUAUGUAUUGCUGGUAACUUCUUUAAGGAGAUCAGGAUCUAACUAUUAUGCAUGCUGAAUAGAUGAUGAGAUUGCUACAUAUAUAACAAGCAGAUUAGAUGGUUCAUUUAAUUGCUGUUAAUCCAAGAGGUUUAAGUAACAUUUCUAGGUGGAAAGUUUUGGAUUAACAAUACGAGGAUAGGUUAUAUUUGGUGUAUUGUUAAAGCUUGGUUGAGUGCUGGUCCGAACGAUAAAAGUUUUAAGAUAAGUGAGAUUGAAAGAGAGCCAGAAAUUUUAGCAUUGGUGUUGCUGCUCAGGAAAGGCACCUUGCUUUUGCAUUUUGUUAAUGCAAACACAUGUAUGUAUUGAUAUCAUGGAACAAUGACAAGAUAGAGGAGAUGAAUAUGCAACAAGUUGUGUUGUCAAAAUCUUCUGCUAAUGGAUUUGGCCGUCGAAGAGGUGAUAGAGAGGUUGGGGCUAGGUUGGAGAAUAAGGUGCUUUUGGGAAAAUCCAAUCAAGGAAGAAUUCAAACUACAGGUUCACUGGCUGGUGGGAAGACUGGAGGUUAUGAGAGUUCUUCCCGCGAUCGGUUAGUUUAUCUGACAACAUGUCUUAUUGGGCACCCGGUUGAGGUCCAUGUGAAAAGUGGAUCAAUUUACACUGGAAUAUUUCAUGCAACUGAUGCAGAAAAUGAUUUUGGAAUCAUCUUGAAAAUGGCUCGCUUGAUAAAAGAUGGCACUUUGCGAGGACACAAGGCUAUCACAGAGUUUGUUAGCAAGGCGCCCUCAAAGAUGUUAAUUAUACCUGCCAAAGAAUUUGUGCAAGUUAUAGCAAAGGAUGUGGCUGUAACCAGGGAUGGAUUUGCAAGUGAGCUUCAACUUGAAAAACAUCAGGAAAUUUUGAUAGACUCUGUGAUAUCACAAUCCCGUCAUUUUGAGGUGGAGAGGGAAUUGGAGCCCUGGGUUCCUGAUGAAGAUGAUCCACGGUGUCCUGAACUAGAAAAUAUUUUUGAUGGCACGUGGAAUAGGAACUGGGAUCAGUUUGAAACCAAUCAAAAGCUAUUUGGUGUAAAAAGUACUUUCAAUGAGGAACUUUACACAACAAAACUUGAGAGAGGUCCUCAAACAGGAGAGUUGGAAAAGGAAGCAACGAGAAUAGCUAGAGAGAUUGAGGGUGAGGAGACCGGGGACCUUCAUUUAGCAGAGGAGAGAGGCUUUGAUCUUCAUGAUAAUUUGGAUAUUGAUGAGGAGAUGAGAUUUUCCUCUGUCUACAGGGGUAGAGGGGCUGAUGAUAGUGGUUAUGAGGAAGAGGAGGACAUUAUGUUGGAUUCUCACAACAUUGAGACCUUUGGAGAUUCUUCUGAUUCUCUCAGUAGAAAGUCUGUAGAUUUCACCUGUUCACAAAGCAGUGAUGGAGUUCGAAUGCCAUCUAGUUCUUCUUUAGUGGAUGAGGUACCAUCUUUCCAAGCAGCCAUUGGUGCGGAUGCGAACGACUCUGGCUUUAAUGAUCAGGCCAGACAGCCGGCAUGUGAACUUCCUUCUAAAAGUUUCUCCGUCUCUGACAGUGGUGCAAGCAGGAUCGAAGACAAUUUGCUUGCUGAACAUGGAGGAAGCAGUGAUGCUAACGAGUUUGCAGAAAAGCAGUCUCCACCUGAGAACCUGCAAUUGUCAAAUUCUGUCGCUGCAUCUGGUUAUUUUAAUAUGAGAGCAAUUUGUAAUGCAGAGUCUCAGUCAUUAUUGAAUGACAAGAUUGAUGGGUCUGAUAAAGCUGGGCCAUCUGCAAAUCAUACUACUCAGGCACCAUCUAAUUCUUUGUCAAAGGUUAGUGAAAAACCAAGUUCUUCUGGUGAACUCUCAGAGGGUCCAGCCUCUAGCAAUGUAACUGGUAAAAAAUAUUCUGUAAACUCCCGUGGACGACCUGGUAGUUCUACAUCAUCAAAUUCAGAUCGUGUUGGUUCUGUCUCAGCAUCUAGUGGCCCUGGCUUAUCACCAAGUUCAUCAAUGGGUUCAUUAUCCUCUGAGAAGUCAACACUGAAUCCCCAUGCAAAGGAAUUCAAACUCAACCCUAAUGCAAAGAGUUUCACACCGUCUCAAAUGCCUGUUAGGCCUCCAUACUAUCAAACACAAGUGCCUCCUUUACCACAUACGCACAUGCCUGUCAGUUUUGGGCCUGUUUUGUUCAAUCCACAGGUGGCACCGAUACAAUCACCACAAGCAUAUUUUCAUCCAAAUGGACCUCAGUAUGGGCAGCAGAUGUUUCUUGGGCAACGGCAGGUGUACUACCAACCUGAAAUGCAAUACAAAGGAAGGAAUUAUUAACCAGUUAGUUUGCUGACAGCAUUCUUGGGAGCUUUUCUCUGCUCGCAAGAAUAAACUUUUGAGAGACUGCUUGGAUCAAUUUUCACAAAAGAAAAGCCUAGCGGUUGAAGAAAGAUCCUAUAGGUCUUCAUCACCCCCUUGUUCCAGGGAGAUAAAUUUAUAACCCCUGUAUGCUUAUGUUAACUAACCUGUACUUUUCUGAUUUUUUUUUUUUAAAUAUUGAUAGUUUUGGAUCAAUUGUGGUUCUAUAUUAUUUCACAUUUAUUUUUAAUUUUCUGGUUGCUGUAGUCUGGGAUCUAUCUAUGUGUGUCUGGUGGGUUAAGAAUUAAGAUAGUGGAAGAGAUUGAUGCUUAUCAGUUACUAUUAUAACAAGUAAUGGCCAAAUGCCAAGUUCAAGGCUUUUUAUCUUUCAAUUUUACUAUCAAUAAUCUUUAGACAAGUGGCAUGCUAGGGAUCAUUUUGCUUUAAUGGUCCUAUUACUUGUGGCCCGACAUCGUCGUCUGAUCUUGUUUGUAUGGGGCUUGGGAGGAAUCAAACGUUUGGAGAGCAUAUUAUAGUUUUAUCAGCUUAUUCUAUUUGGGAACUCAAAUUACUAACUUUUGUAUCUAUUAUGUUGGUAUUGCUCAAUGCGCACAGAAUAUUUGUCCUCCAAAAACAGAAAACCUCCCCUAGCUUAUGC